GUGCAUGGCCAUGCGAAGUGGAAAGUCGAUCACCUGAGUGUCACCCGACCCGAGCAGACCUCAUAUAAAUUCGAGUUGAACGGACUCGAGCCGUCUACGAAAUACCACUUUCGGCUGUCGGCGUCAAGCACGAAAGGUGAAGGACAGCGAAGUGUCGAACACGUGGUGAUGACUGAUGUCCCAGUGCCAGCUGCACCAGAAAUCUCUUCACUGACCUUUGACUGCAAAAAUGGCAUCCUCCUGCAGUGGAAUUCCAACGAAGGGCAGAGCUGUGAAGUGGAGAUCACUAACGAAACAAGCACAUUACGGUUCAACACCAGCGCUUCGAAGCUCGACGUGAUCGACCUGGCCCUUCAUGACGAGUACAAGGUGAGGGUAAUGUGCAUGGUACGAAGCAUCGUCGACAGCCGGGUAACACUGAAAGGACCCUGGGGCAAUGAACAACGCUUCGUGCUAAGUCAUCAGUGCUCGUAUCAGUCAUCUGUCUGCUCUCCAAACAGCAAAUGCAUGAGGUUGAGAGAUAGCACGAGUCCUCCUCGUUUUUCACUGCUGGUGGCCAUCUCGGCGUUGGUACUGUUCGUUGUGCUUUGCUUCCUGAUCAUCUACUCCUUGAAAGGUCCGCUGUCUCGAUAUAAAAAUGCUCAUCAAGAAGAAGGAAAAGUGCGUCUACCUCGAGGAGCUCAGCCCUCUUAUUCAACAACAUGCGACGACAUUCCCGUGGAACUUUUUUAUGGCUACUGUGAGGAUUUGGCGCGGAACGACAAUGCGAAGUACACAUCCCAAUUUCAG